ACCUCUCACACACUUGGACAAGUUGUGACAAGAAAAUAAAGUUCUCCAGCGAACAAUGCCACUUUCUUUUCCAAGCGAAUUGCGUGCACUCACACACACAUAGAGAAAGGCCACCAACAAGUGCGGCGCCAUUGUGCUCGUCUAAUUAGCAUCCAGCGCCGCCGCCGCCGCCGCGAUGCUCUUGUCCGACUCGAGCAUCUGCGCGCAGAUCAGCAGCCUGAACGGCGCCCUGCACGCCGGAGCCGCGGGAGGGCACGCGGACCCGGGGGGCGGCACCGCGCGCUCCAGCCUCACCCCGACGGGCCACCUGAUCGUGGCCGUGUGCUUGGGCUCCAUCGGCGCUUUGGGACUGCUCAACAACUCGCUGGUGCUGCUGCUCUACUGGCGCUACAAGAUCCUGCGCUCGCCGAUCAACUUGCUCCUGGUGAACAUUUGCAUCAGCGACCUGCUGGUGUGCGUGCUGGGCACGCCGUUCAGCUUCGCGGCCAGCACGCAGGGACGGUGGCUGAUCGGGGCCGAGGGCUGCGUGUGGUACGGCUUCGCCAACUCGCUCUUCGGCAUUGUUUCGCUCAUCUCUCUGGCUGUCCUCUCCUAUGAGCGCUACAGUACCAUGAUGACCCCCACUGAGGCCGACUCGUCCAACUACUGUAAGAUCGGGCUGGGCAUCGCCCUCUCUUGGCUCUAUUCCCUCGUCUGGACCCUGCCGCCGCUUUUUGGCUGGAGUCGCUAUGGUCCAGAAGGUCCGGGGACCACCUGCUCUGUGGACUGGAAAGCCAAGACGGCGAAUAACGUGUCUUACAUCAUUUGUCUGUUUAUCUUCUGCCUCGUUGUGCCGUUGUUGGUGAUCGUGUUCUGCUACGGAAAGCUGCUGUGCGCCAUCAGACGGGUGAGUGGGAUCAAUGCGUCGAUGAGCAGGAAACGGGAGCAGCGAGUCUUGUUCAUGGUGGUGAUCAUGGUGAUCUGCUACCUUAUGUGCUGGCUGCCGUACGGGAUCAUGGCGCUGUUGGCCGCUUUCGGACCGCCGGGGCUGCUCACGCCCGAAGCCAGCAUCGUACCUUCAGUCCUGGCCAAGAUCAGUACAGUCAUCAACCCCGUCAUAUACGUCUUCAUGAAUAAACAGUCUCUAAACGUCAAGGUCAAGUAAGAGUUUACGGCACAGAAUAAUAAUGGUAAGAAAUCCAUUUUUUCUUCUCCAUUUCUGAAUACUGUUUUAUUUUCGUGUAUUGUAAGUCUUGGUUGAAUUAAAAUCAGCUUUAAUGAGCCAAAUUGUACUGUUGCACUUUUGCCGCGAAAGGAUUUGCUUUGAGGUCAGAUAUUAUUGAAUGGAUAACUCUGGAGGCUCACAUUCUCAUCCCUCGGUGUCCCAUAUAGACACUCCAAGAGUAUUUAUGCGACAGAGCCUCUCAGCAUCGGAUGUCGCUGCACAGUCGGAAUGAAAUAAGCCUGAAGUAUGUCAACUCUCAACAGGUGUUCUGAGUGGCACGCGACUACCAUUUUCAUUUUAGGGAAUACACAAGACUAAAUAUGUCAGAAUUGUAUUAUAAAGCAAUGUGACUACAUGGAUGCUAUAACCCUGAUAAAGCAGAUCAACCUCAGGUGUUAAGGUCAUUUCUGAUUCUGGAGUAUGAUUAACUAA